UCGGCCGUUCUCCAUCUCUUUGGUUCACUAUACGAGUGUCUUGCAUGUCUCUUUCCGUGACCGGUCGUACUUGGCCAUCGUUGUCGUAGUCGUCGAUCGUUCUUCCCCCGAUUUCUUCAUAUUACUCUGGCUUCAGGAUCGACGACACCCCGUUGCUAGACAAGAUGUUGCUGAUUCAACCGACGGAGGAGAUGUCGAAGCAGAUUCGCAUGGAGCUGAAUGAAAAUGUGGCGACACGCGACAAAGACGUGGAAGUGAUCAAGGAAUGGCUGUCCAAGCAACCGCACUUACCUCAGUUCGAUGACGAUUACAGGAUAAUGACGUUCCUUCGUGGUUCCAAGUUUUCCUUGGAAAAGUGCAAGAAAAAGCUGGACAUGUAUUUUACGAUGAGAGCCGCGAUCCCAGAGUUCUUUUGUAAUCGAGACAUCACCAGACCGGAAUUGAGAGACAUCACAAAACUUAUUCAGAUACCUCCGUUGCCAGGUUUGACGAGGAACGGGCGGCGAGUGAUAAUCAUGCGAGGCCUGGACAAAGACGUGCCAACCCCGAACGUAGCCGAUUUGAUGAAACUGGUUCUGAUGAUCGGCGACGUACGUCUGAAGGAAGAGUUGGUCGGCGUCGCUGGUGACGUGUAUAUCUUGGACGCCAGCGUUGCGACGCCGUCCCACUUUGCAAAAUUCACGCCGGCCAUCGUGAAGAAGUUUUUGAUCUGCGUGCAGGAGGCUUACCCAGUGAAGCUGAAGGAGGUGCACGUGGUGAACGUUAGCCCGCUGGUCGACACUAUCGUCAACUUCGUCAAACCGUUCGUUAAGGAGAAAAUUCGCAACCGAAUAUUCAUGCACAGUGAUUUGAAGACGCUGUACGAGUACAUCCCGAGGGAAAUACUGCCGGCCGAAUACGGGGGCGAUGCCGGUCCAAUUCAAGCUAUUCAUGAAACCUGGCUAAAGAAAUUAGAAGAAUACGAGCCUUGGUUCGCGGAACAAGAGUCCGUGAAAGCAAACGAGGCGCUCCGACCAGGGAAACCAAAGACACACGACGAUCUGUUCGGUUUGGAUGGGUCGUUUCGACAACUGGUGAUCGAUUAAUACCUAGAACACUUGCACGUCGAUCGAGUGAUCGACUAUCAGCAUCUUGGUGCUAACAUAAAGAAAAUGAAGGAAUAAUUGACACUGUCAGUCAAAAGUUUAAGACCACUUGUAUGUACCAAUUUUUUUUUUCUUUUUUUUUGGUAAAUUUAUCGUGCAACGGAAUAAUGAUCCUGAGCAUUCUUCCCAAGUUGGCAAGAGGAUAUUUGUAAGAAAAAAAAAAAUUUUAAUAAACACGAAUUGGUCGCCUCAGUCACCUGAUCUUAAUCCAUUUGAGAUUCUACUAUUGAAAGAGCAUGAUAGACUAGUCCAAAAGCGUCUAAUGAAAGAUUUUAUAACGCAAUAUGCCAAUUUGAAAGUUUUAACGAAUUAAUUGUAUUAUAUUAAUGUUUAAAACUCGUAAAAACUUGUGUGUUAAGAAAUAAACAAAUUAUUUUUAAAGUUGUGCAUUUAACUAAUGUCUAUGGACAUUAACAUUUGGAUAUCAUGUAAAAUGUUCCUUGAACAAAAUCAUUCUCCAAAAAAUGAUUGUUUAACAUAUAGUAUGUGGUCUUAAACUUUUGACCAGCAGUGUAUAUAUAUAUGUAUGCACGUAUUGUAAUGAGAAACAUCACGUUGCUUCCAUAAUGCAUACAAAAUUAUACAUAGAGUUCGACAGUUUAGAUAUGUAGUCAAUCACAGAAGUCUAUAUGCAUCUGUUAG